AUGUUUGCCGCAGUAGUAGCUGGCAGAUUAGUACAAACAAACUUCACUCGGGUAUCAGAUACUCAAUUUUUGCUGGAUUUAUUGCCUCUAAACGAUGUUAAUCACAUUGUUGUCUUCCUGACAGGAGAACUUCCUUUCCCGCCAAAUAUGGGCGGUGGUGGACUUCAGCAUAGUGGGGAGUCAAAUUGUCGGAAACUUACUCAAAAUACACAACAAUCUAGUAUUCAUCCAUUCGGUGAUAAUGCAUCAUUACAAUUUUCUAAUGGGAUUAUAUCAGCUCAAAUUGGAAUAUCUGUUGAUUUACUAAGUAAUUUACCUCAACAAAUUGAAGAAACUACACCGGAGUCAAUCAAUACCGACAGAAUGACUCAGUUUACUAGAUUUGCAGCUGAAAGUUUAUUCAAUUAUGUUACUAGUUUUGCACAUGACAAUUUAACAUCUGAUCCUGUUGUACCGAUUUCAGCAAUUAAAAGAUGGUUUGAUACAAUGUUACAAAAAUUAUCCAUUGAUGCAUCAUUUUGGCGAAAAUAA